AUGCGUCUCUCACCCGCAACCAUAUGUCCCAUCUGCGAGGCUAGCGCCCUACUUCAAGCCUUUUCCUUGAGGCCAACCGUUCCCUUCACCGCACGACAAUGGAAGUCCUCGCGCAAUCUGGGAACGCUACAAAAGCGAGCGCGACAACCCUCGCGCAUGAUUCUCUCCGAGCGCGUUGCUCGCAGUCCCACGGCCACGACUCCCGAUGGUAAGGAGAAGCCCACAACGCGACGCUCACGAAACAGUCCCUGGGGCGGGAUGAAUCGCACGACGGUCCCUCGAGAAGUGCAGCAGGCGACGGCGAAGAAAACCUCAGCAGCUGAACACAAGCGACGGACGCGAGAAUUUCUCCAAGCAAGAAGUGGGAAACCGGAAAAGGAGCGAGCGGAUCCGAUGAAGGCGCUGAAGAUGCAGCGCGCGUUGGCAAAUGUGUCGUACGAGAAACGAGGGCGGGUCAAGGAGGAACUGGCGGACAGAGACACUUUUGCCGACUUUGAUCUGCUGCGCGUCAUUCAGGACUCCAUUUCUCCGCAGGCUUUGGGCGGCUUGACGGACGUCUCACCCACGCCCAUUCAGCGAUUGGCCAUUCCUGCCAUUUUGGGGCAAGAAGAUGGGAAAAGGAGGAAGCAGAAGACGCCGUUGGUGGCAAAGAAGGGAAUGCAGCCGGUCUUGCUCGCUGCUGAGACGGGAUCGGGUAAGACAUUGGCAUAUGUCUUGCCAGUGAUUGAUGCCAUCAAGAGGGCGGAAUUGGCUGAAAUGGAGUUGGAGAAGGCGCCUCCUGCAGCUGCAGCGACCAUCUCGGAAGAAGCAUCCAACUAUGCCCCUCCUCAGCCCGUCAAGCAUAACCCCUUCGCUCUCCCCUCCCCGGACACACCUCAUCCCACUUCUGGCCGACCCCGCGCCAUCAUCCUCCUACCUACCUCCGAAUUGGUCUCACAGGUAGGCGCUCUGACGAAGUCCCUCUCGCAUACCGUCAAAUUUCGCUCAGCAAUGAUCUCCUCUUCCCUCACCGGGACCGUUAUUCGCAAUCGGCUCUUCUCUCCUUCAGGCAUAGACAUCCUCAUAUCCACCCCUCAUCUCCUUCAAUCAAUUACGGAAUCCGACCCAAAUGUCCUCUCCCGUGUCACACACCUGAUCAUUGACGAAGCAGACUCUCUUCUGGAUCGAUCCUUCUCUCCGAUCACAUCCUCCAUCAUUGAUCGCUGCGCUCCCUCCCUGCAUCGACUCAUCCUGUGCUCGGCUACGAUACCGAAGAGUCUGGAUUCCUUUCUGAAUAAACGCUACCCAGAAGUUACCCGUCUUGUUACUCCCAACCUCCAUGCCAUACCUCGACGUGUGCAACUAAGCGUGGUAGACAUCGAGAAGGUGCCCUACCAGGGGAAUCGGGAUCUGGCGUGUGCGCAAACGAUCUGGGAUAUCGGCAAGGAGGCCGCGGAAGCCGGCGAAGAAUUCGAAAAGAAGAUUGUCGUCUUUGUGAACGAAAGGGAAAAGACCAUUGAGCUGGCGGAAUAUCUACGUUCAAAAGGAAUUGAUGCCAGUGCCUUGUCAAGAGACAGCGAUGAGAGGAAGCUAGCUGAGACCCUGGGAGCUUUCACUGGCUCUCCUUCUGCUCCUAGGACAAAGUCUGGCGCAUCCCCUGCCUCUCCUGCCUCACUACGAGCAACGAAGAAGAUCGAAGAGACUGCGGCAUACAGUCCCUCCGGCCUCACCGAACCCGGCCAACUGAGCAGGCCUACCAUUCAAUCUCUGAAGAACACUAAGGUGCUAGUUAUGACGGACAUCGGAUCCCGAGGAAUCGACACAUUGUUGGUUAGACAUGUCGUGCUCUAUGAUGUCCCGCAUACAAGUAUCGACUUCAUUCAUCGAUUGGGGAGAGUGGGGCGAAUGGGGAGGAGAGGAAGAGGCAUCGUGCUUGUGGGAAAGCACGAUCGGAGAGAUGUAGUCAGAGAGGUUAGGGAGGGCAUGUUCAAGGGUCAAGCACUGAUCUGA